AGAAGCGCGAGAAUGUCCUCUGAGGAGAGCCCCGAGUACUCGCCUUUCUUCGCUGUGAUGGGAGCCUCCGCGGCCAUGGUCUUCAGCGAAACCGGGCGCGUUGCUCGUUGGGGCGGUCACCGCUCGUCCACCUGCCGGGGGAUGCAAAGGGGAGGCGGGGGCAGGGUCCGUCCGACACCUGGCCGCGGAGCGUGUGCUCCCGGGGCCGCUUCGGGGGAUGCCUCCCCGCGUGGGAGAACCAGCUUCCACCAUGUUCAGGCUGGAGCCGCGUCUCCCGGUCGGUGCUGGGCUGUGACGCAGGCCAGUACCGGGGAGGCGGCUUUCUCGUUAGGAGCGGCGUAUGGGACGGCAAAGAGCGGCACAGGCAUCGCCGCCAUGUCGGUGAUGCGGCCAGAGCUCAUCAUGAAGUCCAUCAUCCCCGUGGUCAUGGCUGGUAUCAUCGCCAUCUACGGGCUGGUGGUAGCUGUGCUGAUAGCAAACAACAUCUCUGAGAGAGUCAGCCUUUACAAGAGCUUCCUGCACCUGGGGGCCGGUCUGAGUGUGGGCCUGAGCGGGCUGGCCGCCGGGUUCGCCAUCGGCAUCGUGGGCGACGCCGGCGUGAGAGGCACCGCCCAGCAGCCCCGGCUCUUCGUGGGCAUGAUCCUGAUCCUGAUCUUCGCCGAGGUGCUGGGGCUCUACGGGCUCAUCGUGGCCCUCAUCCUGUCCACAAAAUAA